GCCGCCGUAUAUGUAAUUCAGAGCUGAAGAACAUGGCAGAUAAUACCACGAGGAUGAUGUUAUCUCCUGUUGGUGUGCGACGAAGAGUCAUACGGAGGCAUCUGACCCUUGAGCAGAGGCGACUACUGAGGACGGGGUUGUGGCUCAGGACGCUAAUGUCGGUGUUGCUGAUAUCACUGUGCGCAGUACUCGUAAUAGUGGGGAUGAUGUUCCUCUCUGCCUACGUCCAUCAGCACUACCCGAUAAAUGUAGACAGCAAAUAUGACAAAGACCAGGUGUCAAGGACCAAGGAGACUUCACGCCCUUAUAAAUGCCAUGCUGAGCGUCCGCCUAGUGCCGCCAACACUGUCUCAUUAGAUUUCCUCAACCCACUGUAUCAAUACUUCGACAUCUUUGAAAAUUUUAAUGUAGUUUAUGUAUUUAAUCUAUUGAGUUCCCAUGUUAGUUUCCCUGACAUUCUAAGCCUGAUAGACCAAGAGGAAGAGUCUGAAAUGGAUUACCAAGAGGAAGAGCCUGAAAUGGUUUACCAAGAGGAAGAGCCUGCAAUGGUUUACCAGGAGGAGAUUGAGAACAGAAGUAAAUCAGAUGAUGAUUUAACGCUCUUGAAUUCAGAAACCAGUAGAUCUGAUCCGGUGGUACUUGAUACUAGUGAUGAUGAGAUGGAAGAAAGGAAGGUUGAAGGUGAGUUCCCAAGCAUUCGAAAAGUACUAAAGCUUGACGAUGGAUCUACAAGUGAGGUUGUCAUUGACCAGAACAAAGGCGACCCUCGACGUCUCAGGUUGAAGGUCCUUAUAGCCAACUAUAACGACAGAUAUACAAGCCACAAGUAUCUGGGUCAAAAACAGAUUCAACUGUCACAUAUCUGGCAGCUCGAGGAUAUAAAUACAGUGAGUGAGUUCGUCAGCUGCACCAUGAUCGUACACAACGCCUCCACCCCCUGGCUCACCAACGCCGUCACACGGGCUGGAGCAUGCAACACCUACAGUUUUUAGUCCCUCGUAGCGCUAACACUUAAGAUUAUAAUAACCAAACCAAUCCUACCUAAGGGUGUUUAAUCAUCAAGUGAAAUAAACUGGAGUGACUUUAAUCUUCACGUGAUCCAAAAAUUAUCCUAGGAAUGAAUAUGUUGUACUGAGUGUUUUUUUAUUUACAACACUAUUAAUGUGUCUCAGUCGGCUAUUUUUGAUCUGAUAGAAAAACAAAAUAAUUA